AUCUCUUUGACUGCAGCUGAAGAAUUUCUCUUGCUUCAAAACUGAGAUGAGAAGAUGGCAACAAAUUUCAUUUUAGUGGGUCUGCUCUGCCUCUCUGGUCUCUCCCAAAGUCAUGAUUGUAAGCGGGAACUUCUGGUGAAUGUGGAUUUUCCAGGAACAGACAUAGUAUCUCUCUUCUCUCCUGAUGCUGAGCACUGUCAGCAGCUGUGCACCCAGCACUCCUCCUGUCUCUUCUUCAGCUUUCUUCGGCACGACUGGACUGGAGAUAACAGACAGUUCUACUGCUACUUGAAGUCUACUUCUUCUGGAAAGCCCAAGGUCGAGACCUCACUGCUGGGUAUCACCUCUGGGUUUUCUCUCAAAGCCUGCAACCCUGAUCCACAGCCUUGCCUGUCUCAGGUGUAUCACCAUGUGAACUUCCUGGGAGGAGACUACCGAACCUUGUUCACAGCAGACUAUGAGGAGUGUCAGAAAGCCUGUACAAGUGAUCCUGCCUGUCAUUUCUUUACCUUUGUUGAUGAGAACUUCACAACAGCAAACAUUAGCAAUCGCUGCUUUCUGAAGCGUGUCAUCACCAUGCCUGCUCCUCCUCGUGUUGUCAAAGACGCCAAUACCGUGUCUGGCUUUUCCUUGAGGAACUGUUACAAAGACAUUGUUCCAACAAUUCCAGUAAACAAGUACUGA